AAGGGUAGAAAAUAGAAUCUAGCCGCCGACAAGCAUAUAAUUUUCGGCUCAAGGAAAGCACAUGAGAAGAUCCGGUUUGAGCCGUAGGGAAUCAAAUUCCCAAGUGUGAAUUCAAAGGUCAAGCCAAGCCAAUCUUUAAGCCAAGCGAGCCAUAGAAACAUAAUUUCCUCCUCUCUAUUUUAUCUGUCGUCUCUCUCGGAACUUGCUUCUCUAUCAGAUAAAGCGAAAUCUGACAAAAUCGAUGGCCUCACGUGACAAGAAACCUGCGAAGCCGUCGAGCAGCCGCGCCGGUGGAAUACGCACGCUCUCGGAUCUGAACCGGCCCUCUGGACCCGAUUCCGACAGCGAUUCCGAUGAUCCCCAGGAGUACUACACUGGAGGCGAGAAAAGUGGCAUGCUUGUUCAAGAUCCUUCAAAGAAAAAUGAUGUAGAUGAAAUUUUCAAUCAAGCUAGGCAACUGGGAGCUGUAGAAGGUCCUCUCGAGCAUCCUCGUCCAUCAAGUUCAACAAGUUUUACUGGAACCGGUAGAUUACUCUCAGGGGAAACUGUUCCUUCUGCACCUCAGCAGCCUGAUUCCAUUAUUCACAACAUAGUUUUCUGGACCAACGGUUUCACCGUGGAUGAUGGCCCUCUGAGGAGGUUGGAUGAUCCUGAAAAUGCAGCAUUUUUAGAGAGCAUCAGAAAGUCUGAGUGUCCUAAAGAGCUUGAGCCUGCUGAUAGAAGGUCUUCUGUCCAUGUCAAUCUGAUAAAGAGGGACGAGAAAUGCCCUGAACCAGAGAAGAAACGCCAAGUAGCAUUUCAAGGUGUAGGAAGAACUCUCGGUAGCAGCAGUACUUCGGCAGCUCCUGAACCAACUACCGGUUCCAGUCCUCUCAACACAGCUCCGAACCCUUCACCUGGCUUGGUUGUAAAUGAAAGUUUACCAUCGACCUCAGUUCAACUUAGGUUGGCUGAUGGGACUCGCAUGGUAACCCGCUUCAAUCUCCACCACACGGUUGAUGACAUCCGUUCCUUCAUCAAUGCAUCUAGACCUGGGGGUGCAACAAACUAUCAGUUGCAGAUAAUGGGUUUCCCUCCUAAACUUCUUACUGAUCCAACCCAAACCAUAGAGCAGGCAGGCCUUGCCAAUUCUGUGGUAAUCCAGAAGUUCUAGGCCCUCGACUGUGUCGAAAGUGUCGUAUCUGCUUAUCUCUACAAGUGCUUAUUGUACCAAGUGAAAAAGAUUCCAAAUACUUGAAACGAUUAUGAACCACUACUAUAUACUGGAAGCAGGUUUUUGAUGGUUCUUUCUAGUUAAAUGGUAUGGAAUUGUUUGAAUUUUUUUUCUUGAA